GUUCUCAGUUCCUUUUUGCCUUGGAUGAAAACAGUUCUCAGAUCAGAUCAGUUUGUUCUUCGUUAUUACACGUAAACUCUAUUAAGUGCCUAUAAUAGAAAAGCUUGCCAGAAGAGGCAAAGGAGCAACACUCCUGGUCACUACUGGGCACCUACAGCCUCGGACUAAAGCAGUAAUAGGACUCAUUCACCAACUGAAUAAUGAGCACACUGAUGGAUGGGCUGACAUUUAAUCCUCCAUUAAAACUGAAAGGCGAGAUGCCGAAGGACCUUUGCGAUGACAGGUCUAAUUUACCUGCAAACUUUACUGAAAUAUCAGAUCCAAUCCGUUACACCAGCUUUGUGUUAUCUGUACUCACCUGUGCUCUGGGCUUAGUCGGCAAUGCUCUGGUUAUCUGGGUUACCGGAUUCCACAUGAAGAAACACACUUGCAAGAUUUGGUUUCUGAACUUGGCUGUGGCAGAUAUUGCCUUUGUCUUCUGCUUGCCUCUUUAUGCUGUUGCCUUAUUUACAGACAAGUGGAUAUUCGGACGAUACCUAUGUAAAGUCUAUCACUAUGUAUCGACAUGUAAUAUGUAUGCGAGUAUUUUUAUCAUAACUACCCUAACCAUCGACAGAGUUUUGGCAACGGCUAAACCAAUAUGGCACCAUAAGUUUAGCUCUCGUUGUAUUUGUUACUCAACCUGCGCAGUGAUUUGGAUAAUAACGGCUCUGUCCAGUCUUCCGGUAUUCUUUUUCAGUGAUGAAGUUACUUAUGGUGAAAAGGUGCAGUGCAAAUUGGUCAAUGCUGAACAGAGUUUAACUAAACGAAGCACUAGGAAUAUACAGGUGACUACAGCAACACCACUUUUUGGAGCAGCUCUCGAUGCUUUACCUGCUCCAUGCGAGAGUAAUGUUGCAGAAAUAUCCCUUUUAACAAAAUUUAUUGUAAUUCCUUUCCUAGUGGUUGGUUACUUUAUCCCAUUGUUUGUCAUACUAUUUUCCAAUGUAAUUAUAGCUCAACAAGUGAGAAAAUCAAAGUCAGUGAAGACUUCCAGACUGUACAGAACUAUAAUAACGGUGAUUCUGUUUUUUUUUCUGACAUGGACACCAAUAGUUAUAGCACAGAUAAUAUUGUUGGUAUCUCUGCACAAUAGCAACUUUAUACUCAUGUUUCAGAUAUACAGGAUUAUGCCUCUGAUGACCAGCAUAGCUUACACUAACUCCUGUAUAAACCCUUUCAUAUAUGCACUGGUUGGUACCCAGCUUAGAGGAGAAAUUACGGAUUUCAUAAGUAGUAAAAGACUGCUUUCAAGAAGCUCAACCUCUGCAAAAUCUUAUGCAGAACCAUAAUGAAUGAUUAUAAUAUGUACUGGCCACAGAAAAUAUAAUAUAUUGUAAUGAACAAUAAAUAAUCAACUGUUCGACUUUCCACUGAAAAGGUACAAAACUUAUACUAACAUUAGGUACAAUAAAUUGUGGUUCACCGACAAACAUAGGGGCAAAUUCACUAAGCGCCGAAGCGCCGAACGCUAGCGUUAAUUCGCUAGCGUUUGGCAUUUU